GAGAGGGGGCGGGGAACAGGAGAGGAGGAGGGGCUCCUUAGGCGAGGGUUCGAGCUCCGUACGCACCAGCUGGAAAGCCCGAGGAGGGGGCGGGAAGGAGGCGUGUCGAGCAGGGUGGAGGGAAGUUGUGAUGGGGCGGGAAGAACAAUGCAAAAGGAAAAGAGAGAAGGGCAGUUAGGCAGGGAAGAGCGGGGCCAGAGAAAAAUAGGAGCGUAUAGCAGAAGAAGGGAGAAAGCAAAUCGAUUGGGAAAUGUGAAUCCGAGAGGGUAUGGGCGGGCGCUAGGACCGGGCGUCGAGAAGAUGCGGCUUUGGUGCUACUGGGGCGCGCGCUUGCCUAGAGGUGACGCGGCCGUGGCGGAGGUCUCUGGCCGGGACGAAGCACUGCAGGGAGAGGAGACUUGGCUACCUUUAGCCUCGGCUUGGCUCUUUCUGCGCACUUCUCUGCUUCCUUUUCUUCCUACUGAUCUGGGGUCGUGCUCUGGCCCAGGGGCGCCCAGCCUUUCUUUAGGUCCCACUGCACCUUCCCCGCCCAGUUGCGUACCUCUGCGCCUCCCCUGCGCGCCAGUGCCGGGUGGUGGAGGCUGUGGGGGGGGCCUGGCCGCUGAUUGGCUGCUGCGAGCGCGGGGCGGGGCGGGUGGGAGUCUCUCGACCUCCGCGGGCCCGCUCGUCUUUCCCGCCAUGUCGUUCGUGGAGGGCGGGCGGCGCUCGGCUGCUCUACGCCGACGUCUCGACACCCCUGUCACGUUUUCCCGGCCCGCGUUUUCCACUUUCACUCAGGGGGAUAGUUGGGGUGAGGGUGAAGUGGACGAGGAGGACGGAUGCGACCAAGUGGCCCGUGACCUGCGGGCGGAGUUCUCGGCCGGGGCGUCGUCGGAGCCUAGGAAGGGCUCGCUAUUUGGGCGGGACGGGGACGGGUCUCCAGUUCUGCCCGAUAAGCGCAAUGGCAUUUUCUCGGCGGUGGCGGACGACGGAGCCCAGGCUCGACGGUGGCCGGUCCAGGUCCUCUCAAUUCUUUGUUCGCUGCUGUUCGCCAUCCUCCUCGCCUUCCUCCUCGCCAUCGCCUACCUGAUCGUAAAAGAGUUGCAUGCUGAGAAUUUAAAGACUGAAGAGGACAUAGACACUGGGCUAUUAGGAUUCUGGACUCUACUUAUAAUAUCUCUCUCUGCUGGAUUCUCCUGCUGUAGCUUUUCUUGGACAGUGACUUAUUUUGAUUCUUUUGAACCAGGAAUGUUUCCUCCUACUCCUCUUUCACCAGCCAAGUUCAACUCACUUCUCUCCUGAUUCCUAGCUAUUUAAUAGAUCUUGCAGCCUGAAUAUCAGAACGCACCCUGCACUUAAAAUUAUUAAGACCCCAGCCUGUCUUUAAGACAUCAGUCUCCAUUCACUUAUCAAGGCUUGAAAUGCUUUUUCACUGCAUUUAUCCUUUGCCAAAUGGAUAUCCUUUGCCUUUUGGAAUGUUAUUGGAAUACUUUGUCUUUGUACCCUCAGUGUUUUUGCCCUUUUUAAGGCCUUAGCCAGUGACGUUCAAUCCGUCAUCUCCCCUACUCCAAGCUUUCACUUUUCAAAUUCAUCCUGUAUAUUGUUACCUCUGUAAAAGCAGAUCUUAGUCACACUCUUCCUUGUUUAAAAGCCUUCAGUGGUUUUCUCACUGCCUUCAAACUGAUGUCAACUUCCAAGUACAGCAGAACAGUCCUUCCCCAAGUGAUCCUACCAUACUUUUCCAGCUUUAUCUUUAGCUAUUUCUCCAGUGCACCCUGUUCGGUAUCCACAUAAUCAUAUUACCCUGGCAUCCCUUGAAUAAACUGUACUUCUGAGAUGCCAUGACUUUA